ACCAACAGAGAGUCAUGGAGUUGGAGGCCAAUCAAGUCCCUCAUGAAAUGAUCUACGAUGAGGCUGGCUUCAACUUGGCGAAAAGGCGUCGGCGUGGAAGAAACAUAAUUGGCAAAAGGGCCACAGUUACCGCGCCGGGCCAGAGAGGAGCCAACAUCACCAUGUGCGCUGCAAUCUCCAUCAAUGGUGCACUCCUGAAUAAAUGUGUGAUUGGCCCAUACAACACCGACCGCCUUCUCCUGUUUUUAGAAGACUUGCACGAUAGACUUGUGCCAGAGGUAGAAAGGGGACCGGUGGGAGACCUGUCAAUAUAUGUGAUCACAUGGGACAAUGUGGCAUUCCACCAUUCCCGUGCAGUCACAGCCUGGUUUGAUACCCAUCUGAGGAUGAUGUCCCUUUUCGUUGCCCCUUACUCCCCUUUCCUCAACCCCAUUGAGGAGUUUUUCUCAGCCUGGAGAUGGAAGGUUUUCGACCAUCGUCCACAGGACCAAAUGUCCCUCCUGGAUGCAAUGGAUGCUGCAUGCCAAGACAUCACAGCUGAACACUGCCAGGGGUGGACAAGGCAUACCAAAAGAUUAUUCCCAAGAUGCCUUGCCAGAGAAGAUAUCAGAUGUGAUGUGGAUGAGAACAUGUGGCCAAACGCAGAAGACCGGGCCGAUUAGAUUACAUUUAUUAUUAUUAUUAUGUUUUAAUUCUUCGGUGGGUUUUUUUGUUUGUAUAUUCAUAUAAAACAGUAAAUGACAGCUAUCUUGCACAUUUUGUUUUCUUGCAUUCUUGUUUUUCUAAUACAAAUAAAGUCUUUACUGCAGCAAUUCUGUUUCGGCCUCUUUUUUCCCACAUAAACCGUUUCUAUAAAGCUAUAAAUCCAUUUAUAAAAUUAUAAUUCUAUAAAGCUACUCUGAGUUGGGUCAUUCAAUUUUUGUAUAAAAUUUCUGCAGCAAAAUAAACCCAAAUAGAAAAAGAAACUGUACUGUAAAACACAACCUAUGAUCAAUGCAAUAUACUCUAUUGUAUAUGGUCAGACC